AUGUCUCCUCCGAGGCGACCUGAUCAUAGUGAAUCACAUAGAUCUCACCACUAUCGAAAUAAUUCGCGGCGCGCACAAGUUCAAGAUGAAGAAACUGUCUAUUAUACUCUCCCCCCAGCUUCGCCUACACAUGAAACUCGACCUUCGAAAUCUUCCUUUGCGGAUACAGCAUCAUCUCCACUGACUCCAACAAUGUCUCGUGAACCAAUCUCACCAUCGCGAAAUACAACACCUGCGACUGCGAUGUCGAGGAAGCGAAGUCUUAUUCGCCCAGAACGUAAUAGGAUAGAUGAAAACCAUCCCAACUAUCACUAUCGCCAACAUGCCGCCAAUAUGGAUACCCAACCUUCAACGACAGGCAACGAUCCCAUAAUGGAGGAUAUCGAGGCAGAUGCUGCGAAUACAGAGACUUCGGGGCUUCGAUCAUCGGGGGAAGCGGAAUCUGAUAUUGCGCCACCCGCAAGACGAACCACACGCGGCCAUGGAGCUGGACCAGAAGACCUCGCCUCGAAUGAAAAGGCUGGAUUUGCUUCCAAGUCUCGAGGAGGAAAUAAAUUGAAGAGGGAGAGGGUGCCAAAAAUGUCCAAGGAGGAGAAGGAAAGGCAAAAGGCCCUCGACACUGUUAAACCACCUAGUCUUUGGAAUGUUUAUUGCGCCAUUGUAACCUUCUGGUGUCCAGGGUUUGUUCUCAAGUGUUUCGGCUUCCGUUCUAAAGCACAACAAAGAGCUUGGAGAGAAAAGAUGGGAUUGAUCAGCAUUAUUCUCUCUAUCAUGGCAUUUGUAGGAUUCUUGACAUUUGGAUUUACCGCAACAGUGUGUGGGACGGGCUCAGGUCUACGAUUACAAGUCAACCAUGUGGAUUCUGGAUAUAUGAUCUUCCACGGUAACGCGUAUGAUCUUUCAAAAUCAGAACAUCCCGCUGCAACAGGCAUCACAGAUGGGGCAAACGUUCUGUAUGAUUUGCCCCAAAAGUAUGGGGGUAUGGACGGAAGUUUCUUGUUCCAGAAUGUCAAUGGCAAAUGCAAAGGUUUAAUCACUUUAGCUGAUGGAUCGGACGUUCCAACCAAUUCUGACAAGGAUCUUGCAUGGUACUUUCCUUGUCAUGCAUUCAAUCAAGAUGGUUCAAGCUCUCCAAAUGAGACAAUCGGUGCCUAUUUUGGGUACGCGUGCCAUUUGCAGGCAGAUGCUCGCUCAUCGUUUUACGGACUCAAUAGUGCUGGAGCUGUCUAUUUUACCUGGGAUGACAUCAAAAAUUCUUCAAGAAACCUUAUGGUUUACUCUGGCAACGUUCUUGACCUAGACCUUCUGAAAUGGUUCAACACUACUCAAGUUUCCGUUCCAUCCAGGUUUACCACCCUUGCCGAUAACACUUCCGCCGCCAACGCCGCUGUACGCGGUAGGGAUGUUACACACGCCUUCCAAUCUUCAGAGGACAGGAAGAUUGCUCAAUGUCUUGAGCAGAUCAUUAAAGUUGGAAGUGUUGAUACCGAAACUGUUGGGUGUAUCGCUUCCAAAGUAGUUCUUUACGUCUCUUUGGCCUUCAUUCUUGCCAUUGUUCUGGUUAAGUUCGUCUUAGCUUUGAUAUUCCAAUGGUUCAUUGCCUCGAAAUACGCCGCAUCAAAGACUUCUCAAUCAUCCGACCCCAAGAAGCGUCAGCAACAGAUCGAGGAAUGGUCCGAUGACAUCUACCGGGCUCCUCCAAGAAUGGCCGGUGAUAUUGGUAGCUCCGCUGCGGGAUCUGGAUCUGAUAAGACGAGCAAACGAACCAGUGUGUUCUUGCCAACGACGUCUCGUUUCUCGAAUCCUUAUGCCGCUGCUGAUCGAUCAUCUCGCGUUGGACGCCCUCAACCUACAACCAUGGCAAGUCAAGCCUCAACAGCUCAGUUGAUCCCCCCAAACCCUAUGUUCCGAAAUCAAAACAAUAGCCGAAACAGCCUUUUGCGAACUGAUAAUUCAAAUGAUCUGGAUGGGCCCGGUCCUACCAGCUUCAUUCAUGAUCUAGUAGUUCCUCAACCACCAAAAGAAUGGGAACCAUACGGCUUCCCUCUGGCUCAUGCAAUUCUUCUCGUGACUGCCUAUUCUGAAGGUGAACUUGGUAUUCGGACGACCCUUGACUCUAUCGCUACGACUGAUUAUCCUAAUAGUCACAAAACUAUUCUGGUUAUCUGUGAUGGUAUUAUUAAGGGUGAAGGUGAACCAAAGUCAACACCAGAAGUUGUUCUUGGCAUGAUGAAAGAUUUUGUCACUCCUGUUGAAGAAGUUCCUGCAUUCUCUUACGUAGCGGUCGAAAGAGGAUCGAAGAGACACAACAUGGCCAAAGUGUACGCUGGUUUCUACGAUUACGGUGCUGAUUCUACUAUCAACGUAAAUAGACAACUCCGAGUUCCAAUGGUGUGUAUCGUCAAGUGUGGUACUCCUGAUGAAGCUACACACCGCAAACCUGGAAACAGAGGCAAGCGUGACAGUCAAAUUAUCUUGAUGUCUUUCUUACAAAAAGUCAUGUUUGAUGAACGUAUGACUGAACUCGAGUUUGAAAUCUUCAAUGGAUUCUAUCAAAUCAGUGGCAUCUUCCCGGAUAUGUAUGAGGUUGUUCUUAUGGUUGAUGCAGAUACAAAGGUUUUCCCUGACAGUUUAACACACAUGGUAUCGGCAAUGGUUAAAGAUCCUGAGAUUAUGGGACUUUGCGGAGAGACCAAGAUUGCGAACAAACGUGCCAGUUUCACAACUGCGAUACAAGUUUUCGAAUACUUCAUUUCUCAUCACUCUGUCAAAUCCUUCGAAUCGAUUUUCGGUGGUGUUACUUGUCUUCCCGGUUGUUUCUCCAUGUAUAGAAUCAAGGCUCCAAAGGGCGGUAACUAUUGGGUUCCUAUCUUGGCCAAUCCUGAUGUCGUCGAACAUUAUUCCGAUAACGUAGUAGACACGCUGCAUAAGAAGAACUUGCUACUUUUGGGAGAGGAUCGAUACCUCUCAACACUCAUGCUUCGAACAUUCCCCAAGCGCAAACAAGUAUUUGUCCACAAGCUACGUAGAUGGAUCAACAGUACCGUCCACAAUUUGAUGGAAUUGGUUUUGGUCAGAGAUCUUUGCGGUACUUUCUGCUUCAGUAUGCAGUUUGUCGUCUUUAUUGAUCUCGUCAGUACUCUGGUUCUUCCAGCCGCUAUUGCCUUCACAAUUUACGUCGUAAUCAUUUCGAUUAUUCGUCGCCCUGUCCAAAUCAUUCCGCUCGUACUCUUAGGAUUGAUCCUUGGUCUACCAGCAGUUUUGAUUGUUAUAACAGCUCAUCGUUGGGUCUAUGUUCUUUGGAUGAUGAUUUAUCUUGUCUCGUUGCCAAUUUGGAAUUUCUUACUCCCAGCAUACGCCUUUUGGAAAUUCGAUGAUUUCUCCUGGGGAGAUACUCGUAAGACAGCGGGUGAAAAGACUAAGAAGGCGGGUAUCGAAUACGAGGGAGAAUUCGAUAGUUCAAAGAUUACCAUGAAGCGAUGGAAAGAAUUUGAGAGAGAAAGAAUCUUAAGGAGUAACCCAAGUUGGGUCAAUUCAAAUACUUCGUUGAAUAAGGAAAAUCAUCGUUGGCAGCAACAUCAAUAUGAUGAUUAUGCGGAUAGUUGA